AUGGCCAAGCGUGGCCUGUGCACCCCUACCCAGUCUAUUGCGUUCGACGUGACGGAAUCAGAUUUCGAGGAAACGGUUCUGCAGACGAGUAAUGAACGCCCGGUUAUCGUUGACUUCCAUGCAAGUUGGUGUGGGCCAUGCCGAUUUCUUGCACCAGUGCUAGAAGAGGCUAUUGGCGCGUCAGAUGGUCAGAUAAAACUUGCGAAGAUCGAUGUGGACUCUGAGGGUCGUUUGGCUCAAAAGUACAAGGUAUCAUCUAUACCCCUGGUAUUGGCGUUUCAUAAAGGAGAGGUCGUUGAUAAAUUCAGUGGACUCCACGACCAAACCUUUGUCGACAACUUCGUUUCAAAACUGGCUGCACUCAACAAGAGGAGUAGUACUGAAUAG